AUGGGCGCGGCGACGACGACGGCGGCGGAGGCGGCGCAUUGUUUGGAGGUUUUGAGCGUGCGUGAGGAUGGGGGGAGACGGCGAAAGGUGUCGUGCGCGUGCUGUCAUAAAAUUUUUCCCGAUGCGCGGGCGUUGGAGGCGCACUGGACGCUGGUGCAACACAGCGAGCACGACGCGGUGUGCGCGGCGUGCGGACGGCAUUUUCCUUCGUUCGAUACGCUGCGGCAGCACGUGAUGGGGAAGCUGCCCAAGGCGUCGUGCGCGGUGGCGUACGCGGCGCACGGCUGCGAUAGAUGUUAUGAGAUAUUUGACGACGCCGAGAGCGCGGCUUCGCACGAGUGUGUGUUCAGGGCGACGGCGGACGACGCGGACGACGACGGAGACGCGCCGUGCGUGGCGCUCGAUUGCGAGUUCGUGGGCGUCGGUGAGACUGGUGAGGAGCACGCGUGCGCGCGCGUGUGCAUCGUGGAUUCCAAGGGUAAGGUGUUGCUCAACACGUGGGUGAAUCCUGGAGUAGAGGUGACGGAUUAUCGUGAAACCUUAACGGGCGCCAAGCCCGAGAUUCUUGAAAGGGCGCCGCCGCUGGAACACGUGCGAGGAAAAGUCAUCAAUAUUCUGAUUGGUAAGGCGCCCACGACGCGGGAGAGACACGUGGGGGUGAGACAUCUUUUAGUAGGUCACAGCGUCGAGCAUGAUUUAGAGGUGCUGAACAUCACAUGGAAGAAAGGGCUGCAGAGAGACACGGCGCAGUUCCCGCUGUAUCUUCGGCACACGCACCUGCCUUUCAAGCUCCGAACGCUGGUAGAAGAACACCUGGGCGAACGCAUCCAAGAAAAGGGCGAGAUACACGACCCGGAGGUGGAUGCCCGCUGCGCGAUGCGACUGUAUCAAUCCGCGAAACGGCGCGAUCACCGCAUCGCCAAGCUCUGGUUCGAUCGCACGCUCUCGUCGCAUCCGGUUGACGUUCCGAGCGACGCGACGAGCGAUCCCAACACCGGUGUCGAGCUCCUGCGUCGAACGAUCGAACAAGAUGGCGCGACGAGGACCACACGAUUCUAUUGCUGGUGCCAAGAUCGCGGCGCGCUCAUACGCUCGCCUCCCUCGCCGCCGCCCGCCGACGUCUGUUCCUCGGCCAAACGCAAACCCGCCAAACACAAACCCGCCGCGUCGUCGUCGUCGUCAUGA